UAACCGAUCUAAUCGAAGAUAGUGCAGCAGCCAGUGGGACCUGCACAUGGAGGGUUGCUGCUAGCCUGACCGAAUUCAUCACCGCAGAUGAGCAACCAAGACAGGGCCAUGACGAUAGCUGCGGAAGAAGCGGUGGGCCGCCUCAGCACCAGCACCUUUCUGCUGAGGAUCAUCGUCCGCAACUUCGAUCAGAUCUCAAACCGCAUACCCUUGCGCCUUCUGCAGGCAGUGGGAUCCACUCACCGACAGUGGCUCUCUGCUGCUCUGCCUCAACUUCCUAUGGUCAUUGCAUCUAUUGGUACUUUUGCUCGUGCCCUUCACGCUUGAAAACGCCCUCCGCUACGUUGCUUUUUUCCUUCUCUCUCUUCUGUAGUCACCAAUCUUAACUUUGUUGUUACCCAAAGCCCACUAAAGGAAGGGCAGUUUUGUUGUUUUAUAUCCGUCUUGGCCUUUGUAAUUUUUUAUUGUUAGAUGAUUUUAUUGUUGUUCUUGGAGAUUUGAAGGGUUUAACCAUGGAAGUUGCUUUAGUUACUGCGUCGGCAGAUGAACAUAAUGCUUGCCCAUAGUUUAGAAUUUGGUGAAUAGUCUGCGGUUCUUGUUGGGUACUUCAGAAGAGAAAAAGGAGGUUAGUUAGAGCAAGUGAAAGAAAAAUAGAGACCAUGCAUACUGUGAAGGGGAGACCACCAAUUCCGGUUUUUGCUGUGUUUGUCUGUGUUUUUUUUGUUGGGUUUUUCCUCUACAACGAAAAUAUCAGACGGAUCCAGGAAGACAAGGCAGGUCGGCUUCGAGAGAGCCUGUCAUCAGCAGUGAGCACACCCGAUAGAGGUCGCAGCAGAACGGAGAAUCGAUCCAGUACCAGCUCAGGUGGAGCUUUCGACUGGUCGAAAGCGUGUCCUACAAUCCGGAAUCGCAGCCUCGGAGCAGAAGGAAAACGUUCUGGCUUGGAAACUCGUGGAGAUGAUUUCACAGACGAAUUUGCAGAUCAACGGCCCGAGGAUUCAAAUACCUGUGACCUAUUUUCUGGGAAGUGGGUGUUCGAUAAUGCUUCAUAUCCUCUUUACUCAGAGCGUGAUUGUCCUUAUAUGUCGGAUCAGUUAGCCUGCCGGAAGCAUGGCAGGCCGGAUUCAGUUUAUCAGAAUUGGAGGUGGCAGCCCCACAAGUGCAACUUGAAAAGGUGGAAUGCAACGGCUAUGUGGGAGAAGCUUAGGGGAAAAAGACUUGUGUUUGUUGGAGAUUCCCUGAAUCGUGGGCAAUGGAUUUCAAUGGUGUGUUUGUUGCAGUCCGUUAUACCUAAAGACCAGAAAUAUAUGACGCCCAAUUCCCAUCUCACCAUAUUCAAGGCUAAGGAAUAUAACGCUUCCGUGGAAUUCUACUGGGCUCCUUUACUUGUUGAGUCUAACUCUGAUGAUCCUGUAAAACAUAGGCUAAGCAAUCGGAUUAUCAGGCCUGAUUCUAUAGCCAAACAUGCAGCUCACUGGGGAAAGGCAGACAUACUCGUUUUUAAUUCAUAUCUUUGGUGGAGAAGUGGAACCAAAAUAAAGCUUUUAUGGGAAAAUGCUGAAGAUGGUGCCUGUGAGGAAACCGAAGGCUUGGAAGCCAUGAAGUUGGCAUUAAGGACAUGGGAAGAGUGGAUCUUUUCAAAUAUAAAUCCUCUGUUGACUCGAGUUUUCUUUGUUACCAUGUCCCCAACACAUCUCUGGAGCCAUGAAUGGGGACCAAAAACUGGUGGCAAUUGUUUCAAUGAAACUACACCUAUAACAACAGAGUACUACUGGGGAAGCGGAUCUGAUACCCGCAUCAUGCGUAUAGUUGACAAUAUUCUUGCCAGGCUGGGAUCAAGAGUUACUGUCCUAAACAUCACUCAGCUAUCUGAGUAUAGGAAGGAUGGGCAUCCCUCUAUCUACCGAAAAUUUUGGGAGACAUUCUCUAGUGAACAGAUGUUAAAUCCUGUAAGCCGUUCAGAUUGUAUACAUUGGUGUUUGCCUGGUGUCCCAGAUGCCUGGAAUGAGUUGUUAUAUGCACUUUUGUAAGACAUUCUUAACGUGUAAUUUAUUGUUCAACGAAAUAAGAUUUGCAAGUAUUCAAUUUA